UGGUAGCCAGUGUGGAGGUGGGGGAGCACUGGUGAACUGUGCACCACCUCAAACUUCUCAAUACAAUAUAAACACUCAGGUUAGGAUUAAUGUCAGGAUGCAGCCACCUCCAAGAAAGGGGAACUACCUCAAAGUGUGUAAGAACCUACACAGCGAGCAGCUCUCCAAACUACUGGCCAAGAACCAGCAGGAAUGUGACCUUCUUGAAGACAUCAGAAACUUUACCAAGCAAAGGUCGACAAUAGAGAAGAAUUAUGGGGAGGCACUGUGUAAGAUUGCUGCCAACUAUCAGAACCGUAAGAUCGCCUGUGUCCCGGACAUCAGACUGGAGGAUGGUUCUGAAGCCUGGAACGUGUACAGCGUGUGGAGAACGGUGCUGGAUGAAACAGAGAAGCUGGGCAAGGCGAGGCUGGCAGCAGUGGAAGUGUUCCAGCAGAACAUCUCGGAAGACGCCAAACAGACCAGGUUGAACAAGAUACACCUGGGCAAGAAGUUCGCGGACCAGCUGAAAGUGAUUCAGAAUGAACUACAGACACAAAUCCAGGACCUCGACCGUACCAAGAAGGUUUAUUAUGACGAGGAACACGUCGCCCACGACGCCAGGGAGAAGGCCAGUGCUGCUGAGGAGAAGUUAAAGAGAAAGAAAGGUUCUAUAUUCCAGUCCAUACAAUCUCUACAGAAAAACAGUGCCAAGUUCUCAGCGAAACGGGAUGUGUGUGACGAGAAGUCUGCUGGAGCCCGUAACGACUACAUCAUCAGUCUGGCGGCGGCCAACGCUCACCAGAGACGAUACUACGAGAUCGACUUCGAGAGAUUCCUCCGGACGAUGGAGUGUGAGAUGUACGAUAAAGUGUCAGAGUACCUGACGUUGAUGAGCCGAGCAGAGCUGCUCACCUGCUCGGCCUCCCAGUCCUCCUUCAACAAGAUCAAAGAACAAGCCACUACCGUCACUCGUGGCUACAAUCUUCGCUGCUACUUGACCUUCUAUCCUAUGUUGGGUCAGAACAUCCAGUAUGAAUUCGAGCCUUGCGAGAGUGACCAGAUCGACAAGAUUACCAUCCACGACGAGACCACCCAAAACAUUCUGGAAUCUGAAAGUAAAAAGUGUGUGGCAACAGUGCAGAAAGAAGUUAAGGUGAUUCGUGAGGCGUCGAAAAAGAUCCAGAAGCUGGGGGUGGGAGGGCGUCCGGAGACGGACCUGCCACCGGACGUGGAGAUCAAGCUGGACGAGCUGAGGAACAUCAUCAGGAAGGCUGAGACAAGGAAAGCUAAAGCUGAGGCCAAGCUGGAGGUGAUGAAGGAAGGCGGAAUUGAGGUGGAGGACUACACGAAGAGUGUGGACAGCGACAGUUUAGGUGUGGACCUGGACACCUCCCUCAGCCGCUCUGGCUCCAUGCUCUCCGUCAGGGAAGAGAUGGAGGCUGGUGUGGCGGACUACGACGGGGACCAGGCAGAGACAGACACAGUCACCAGCGCCUCGGCAGCUGAGCCCAUCUCCGUAGACUCGGAGAAGGAGGACUAUACACAGUCACAGGAUUCCGGAAAACUUGAACCAACUUCGUGGGACCCCAUCAGUGUGGACUGGGGUGACGCCCCCGCCUCUCCCCUCCCACCCAUGUCCAACGGACCGCCGGAGGACCAGACCGCUUACCCCAAGUGUACAGUCUUGUACAACUACACUGCUCAGAACCCUGACGAGUUAACCAUCGUGGAGAACGAGGAACUGGAGGUGAUGGGUGAAGGAGACGGGGAUGGUUGGGUCCAGGCAAGGAACUACAAGGGCGAGGUGGGGUUCAUUCCCCAGAACUACAUAGAGAUGGAGGAGGGAGGGAUGCAGGGUGCCAACGCUGAUUUUGCCACCUUCCCAGAGCCCGGUGCUGAGGACAGCAUGGCUGGCGAGGCAACAACUCACACUACUGCCAACGGAGCUCCACAGAGAGGCAUCUCCUUCUCCUCAAUAGAGUACAACCUCGAGACGGAGGAGGAGUUGGCAGCUCCCGUCUCUUUCUCCUCCAUGGAUUACAAUUUCGAGAGUGUUGAAGAGUACCCUGGGGGAGAGAUGUAUCCCUCAGAACCACCGGGUGACCUGCCUCCCCCACCACCCCCAGCAGCAGACAGUGAGGACCAGAUGUCAGUACCCAGACUCUCUCUGCCAAUAGAUGGAGGACAACAUUCACGAAAGGUGUUCACGUUCCAGGCCGUCUCAGGGGCGUCUCCGUGCACCACACCUCCCCCUCACACACCACCAGAGGUGCCAGGCUUCCUGCUGCCCCCGGAGAGGGUCAUCAUCACACAGCCGACGCCGGUGGCGGAAUCUGCCGAAGAUGACGAGAGUCAGGAACAGACAGAUGGUACGGCAGCAACAUCGAGCUACGAGCCUCCUAACUUUGAGCUGGAACUGAGCGGGACUCAGCAAGAGCAGUACUCUCGACAGUUCAGCUCAUCUCCUGAAAGUGAGACGACAGAGAAGGAUGAGCAGUAUGCAGAGCUCAUCUCCAGUCCUGACGUGUCUAACCAGGAGGCCGCUGACCAGACGACCCAGAGGGAAGAGAAACAGCCAUCGACUACCACCUCUCCUGACGUCGCUGAAGAGGGAUGCGAGCUCACGCGUGCUCACGUUGUGGAGGUGUGCGAGCCACCAGGAUCCCCACCUCUCUCAGAACCUUCCCAACAGGGAGGUGAGGUGGAGGGCCAGGAACUGGAGCACCCGGCUGUCACCCCACCAGUCUCACCACCUCAGGGAGGUGAGGUGGAGAGCCAGGAGCUGGAGCAGGUGGAGCACCCGGCUGUCACCCCACCAGUCUCACCACCUCAGGGAGGUGAGGUGGAGAGCCAGGAGCUGGAGCACCCGGCUGUCACUCCACCAGUCUCACCACUCAAGCUGGGUGAGGAGGUCUCUCAGCGUCUCCCUCAGGUAGAAAACCCUACAGAACGUGCUCUCCCGAAGGUGGAGGAACCACCACCGCCGCCACCACCGCCACCACCUCAACCACAAGCCCCAGAACCACCUAAAGUGGAGGAACCUGUGGAGGUGGCACAACAGGGUGUGGCAGGCAAGCGGAGCAGCUCAAAGAAGAAACGGUCUAAACUUCCCUUUGAGGAAGGCAGCAGUGGAGACGGUCUGGGCGUGGCACAAAUCAUCAUCACAGCUGCGACUCCAAUGGUUGAGAAGCACGAGGAAGAGAUCGGCGGCGCAGGCGAAGACUCGAGGGCUGAAGCAGACCAGGACCCACUGGACAGCCAGCACCCUGAGGCCGAGCGCUCCGAAUGCGAGGGGGAGGCCUUAGUACUCGACGAUGAAGGCCGCCAGCCCCCACCGCCCCCUGCUCCCGAAGGCCCCAUGGAAAUGAGGAUGGAAAUGGUGGGCGCAGAGGGAGGUGCAGGGGACUUGGAAGGAGAGCAGAUUCCCUCACCGAAGUCUCCUAGCCCGAGUGACGGUCCACCAGAGCUUGACCCGGAGAAACUCAAAGCCUUAGAGAGAAUUAAGGAAUCGAACGCCUAAUGUUGGGUUAGAACUAAUAGUUAACUGACUUGCAAUUAGUUCGGCUGUCACAGCAUUGAAGAGACUGCCAAUGGACACCACCACAGACUUGUAAUUUAUGAUCAGUCCGUCAACUAUGGUGCAGCAGUGUGUGUUAGAAAUGAAAGCUGGAAAUAUUUAAGAUUCUUAGGAUCUUAUGUGUAGGCAAGCAGAAAAUAAUCACAUAGGAGUAUGUCGGAUAUAUCUUUAUGUAUGUACUUUGCUACAUACUGCACUUGUUAAGAUCUUCAAGAAACACAAUAGUACGCUGUUGGCCUUAGAGUCCACCUCAACCUCUUAAAAGGUGCACGUUCCGUCAACUUGAUAUAAUGCAGUCCGUCAAUUUUAUAUGGGUGGCGCAGGGGGCGGGGUCCGUCCCUCCUUGAGUGAACGGACGGGCAACCGAUGGGGCAUGGAUGGAUACUCAGAUACCAAGAUGUUGCCCAAGACACCUGUCCAGUUUUUACUACAAGUGUUCAAGUGCUGUCAGACCCUCCUAAAAGUUUAUGAUAAACUAUUUGUAAGCUGUUACGGUCAAACUCUGCAUAUCUCUCUGACCUCUUGGUGUAUUGAAGAAAGUUUCCUGCACAUCUAUGCAUAAUUUUUGCUGACGUAAUAUUUUGACUUACAGAAUUUAAUGAUUUUACUUAUUUUAAACGUGUGUACGUUUACUAUUUUAUUCAGCAAACAAGUCUAGUAUUAAUGUAGGAGAAAAUAACGUAUGUAAAUAACUAAUCCCAUUAUUUUAUACCCCUAUUUUAGAUACUUCAUUAUUUUUAGUCUGUCAUCCUCAAAUAUUGUCAUCUUAAAAUCAAGUUUCCUACUGGAUGGUACAUAAUGAAAUUUUUAAAUAUAGACGAAUUGUAGAAAGUACUGAUUAUAAUGGACAGAAGCAACAAAUGACAGGCAUGAGGGAGCGUACAGUAUAUUGAGCAAAACCCUUAAUUUUUAUGAAAGAAAGUUGACUGAAACACUUACAUUGUCCUGCAAUACUACUGUAAAUGUGAAGAAUGUGAUUUGCUUGAUACAUGUCUGAAUGGACAUUCGCUGACCCAUUACCUUUUGGUUCUAUAUCUUGAGCUCUUGGUUAGUGUAAAAUAAACGGUGCUACCUUCCUUCUUACUGCCUCGACAAUUCAAGGGACGCUCCAGCAACAUGCGAUACAAACUAACUUACCAUGGUAAGACAGGUCAGGACACCACUAACACCGGAAACCUCAGUUUAAAUUAUAAAAAUUGAGGUUAGCGAUACAGUAAUUAGCACACUACUUUCAUUAUCAUUUUUUUCUGAAAUGUUCUAAAUUCCUCAGCCCCCUCCAUUAUAAUUUCAUAUUUAUGUUUUUUUUCACUUCACAGUCGUGUUCUUGCUCCCUUUGGUUGUGUCAGCGGGAACUUUUUUUUUUUUUUUUUUUUUUUUUUUUUUUUUUUUCGAAUUAUGUUACUUGGAACUGUUGCCCAGGCACUCGCAUUUUGUCAGAUUUCUUUUUGUGUAGGGUUGGUUGGCAGCAGAGUAGUGGGAAUCUUUUUUAGCCCUGUUGCCAUUGUCACAGGGAUUCUCAAAAAUGUUACCCCAAGCAGUACUUGUGGUAAUAAUUAUGUAAGUA